CCUGUGUCUAGGGCUAGGGCUCUUGCGCAUGAAUGAUUUGGAAGAAGAAUGCAGCGCGUCUUGGCGUGCGUCGGGAGCCUGGCCUCGCCAAUCGCAUCGCAAGCUAAAGAAUCGAGAAGGUACCUUUCGACAAUACCUUUCACAGCACCAUCCGAGCCGCGGCAGGCCUUAACGAAUGUGAAAUUCACUCCCGUCGCCCCUUUUCUCUUGAUUCCUCGCGUGAUCAUCUAUGACGGGGUCUGCCAUCUCUGCAAUGCCGGAGUGAAAUGGGUGAUUGACAAGGACAAAGACGAAUGCAUCAGCUUUUGCUCCGUGCAAUCCAAGGCCGCGGAGCCAUAUCUCAUCGCUUGCGGAGUUGGACGCGAGGACGUCCUCCGGAGGUUCAUCUUUGUGGAAGGGCCGGGUGUUUGCUCUUCCGGAUCCUCAGCGGCAUUGAGAGUCGCGUCCUACCUUCCAUUUCCAUACUCAGCACUCAGUUCCUUCCUCGUGAUCCCAGCUCCACUCCGAGACGCCGCCUAUGACUACGUCGCCAAACAUCGCUACCGCUGGUUUGGACGCUCCGACAAGUGCAUCGUCCCUUCGGACGAAGUCCUCCACAGGUUUGUCGACAGGGACGAGCUCAUGGAGCUGCGAGAAAACCAGGACAUCGAUGAUCAUCAAUCCACGGGCUGAGAGGUAUCUGGUAAAACUUCUCAGAAGAGGCAGGAGAGGCUUUAAGGUUACAGACGGCAGGCAAUGGAGAAACUUACGCUUGUCUCAUUUCUUUGCUUGCAAGAGAGUGAAAUCUACAUGGGAAUCUUUUGGA